CCAGAAUUAACGUGAUCCUGAAGGAUCCAGAAUCUAAUGUGCCCAUCAGUUACUUCUCGAUGGCUUGCAAUUUCUUCUCACCGCUUACUGAGUGUUUCCCUAAUGGUACCAUAACCACUCUGGCUGUGAAACUGGAGUCUGUUCCCAGCCUGAACCCCAGUGAGCUCACGCUGCUCGACCCCACCUGCGGUCCAGUCUACAGUGAUGACCGCUACGCUUACUUUGUCUUCACUGCUAACUCCUGUGGGACUACCAGAAAGUUACAUACUGUGUUACCUAACGUGCCAUACUGUGCUCCUGUUUUCUCUUUUUUUUUUGUUAAGGAGCUGCAGGGCUACCGUCUGUGUCGUUGGCGGCUGGCCCUGGUGGGCCUCGGGGUGCUGUGUACAGGGGGCUUCCUUCUCCUGGUGCUCUACUGGAUGCCAGAAUGGUGCGUCAAGUCCACCUGCACUCGUACCACAGCCCGUGAUGCCCAAGUGGUGUUGCUGCGCUCCACGGAUGAGUUCCGGCGCUGGUUCCUGGCCAGGGUGCGAGUGAUGCUUGCCCCAGGGAGAAACCCCUUCCACAGCCUGGAGACCCAGACCACCUCCCCCUCCUCCCCUUCCUCUCCUUCCUCCAUCUCCUACCCCUUCUCCUCCUCUGCUUCCCCACCUCAGGCCAACGGACACACCAUUUAUCCCUCCGAUGGCAGCCCUGCUCAGGAGCUCAUCAGGAAAUUUGCAGACUACCAGCCCAUGCAGAUUCGCUACUUUACCUUUCAUAGCACAAAGUAUUAUUGGAACGACGAGAAGCAGAACUUUGAGGUUUUAACUGGCCUGGAGGAUCUGCAGGUCAGCUGCUCCACCCUCCACUCGGAGCACAGCACAGGCCUGACUAUGAACCAGCAGGAGUACAGGAGACUGUUCUUCGGAGUGAAUGAAAUUGCAGUGAAAGUGCCUUCUGUUUUCAAGCUGCUUAUCAAAGAGGUCCUCAACCCUUUCUACAUCUUCCAACUCUUCAGUGUGAUCCUGUGGAGUGCCGAUGAGUAUUACUACUAUGCUGCGGCCAUUGUUUUAAUGUCGGUCAUAUCCAUAGCUACCUCUUUGUACACCAUCAAAAAGCAAUACGUCAUGCUUCAUGACAUGGUGGCAGCUCACAGUAUUGUUCGUGUGUCCGUAUGCCGAGCCAAUAAUGAUAUCGAGGAAAUUUUGUCUACUGAUCUGGUGCCCGGUGACGUGAUAGUCAUCCCCAGCAACGGGACCAUCAUGCCAUGCGACGCCGUGUUGGUCAGUGGCACCUGUAUCGUCAAUGAAAGCAUGCUUACAGGUGAGAGCGUUCCAGUGACAAAGACCAACCUCCCAAACCCAGUGCCAGGGGACAGGGGGGAGGAGGCUGGUAGUGCCUACAACACAGAGGAGCAUAAGAGACACACACUCUUCUGUGGCACCAAUGUCAUCCAGACCCGCUUCUACACAGGCGAACUGGUCAAGGCUGUAGUGGUGCGCACAGGUUUCAGCACAGCUAAAGGCCAGCUGGUGCGCUCCAUCCUUUAUCCCAAACCCACCGACUUCAAGCUGUACCGCGAUGCCUACCUCUUCCUGUUGUGUCUGGUGGCUGUGGCUGGAAUCGGCUUUGUUUACUCCAUUGUACUCAGUAUCAUGAACGAGGUGCCAGCUAAGACCAUCAUCAUUGAGUCCCUGGACAUUGUCACCAUAACAGUACCACCAGCGCUGCCAGCCGCUAUGACAGCUGGCAUUGUGUAUGCACAGCGACGCCUAAAACGUAUUGGCAUUUUCUGCAUCAGCCCACAGAGAAUUAAUAUCUGCGGCCAGAUCAAUCUGGUGUGCUUUGACAAAACUGGAACUCUGACAGAAGAUGGGUUAGACCUGUGGGGAGUCCAGAGGGUUGAGAAUGGCAGCUUCCACCUGUCAGAAGAAAAUGCCUACAAGGAAAAUCUUGUCAAGUCCCAGUUUGUGGCUUGCAUGGCCACAUGCCACUCACUUACCAAAAUAGAAGGCCAGCUGUCUGGGGACCCGCUGGACCUCAAAAUGUUUGAGGCUACAGGCUGGAUCCUGGAAGAGGCUACCGAGGAGGAAACGUCUCUUCAUAAUCGUAUCAUGCCCACUGUCGUUCGACCGCCUAAGCAGCUGUUGCCCCCGGAGCCUGCUGUAACACCAGAGCAGGACAUGGAACUCUAUGAGCUCUCGGCAGCCUAUGAGAUUGGUAUUGUGCGCCAGUUCCCUUUUUCUUCAGCGCUCCAGAGAAUGAGUGUAGUAGCUCGUCUCCUCGGGGAGAAACGUAUGGAUGCCUACAUGAAAGGUGCACCAGAGGUUGUGACUAGUCUCUGCAGAAGAGAGACGGUGCCAGAAAACUUUGCAGCGGUUUUGGAAGGCUACACGAAGCAGGGUUUCAGAGUCAUUGCUCUUGCUCAUCGGCGGCUCGAAUCAAAACUUACUUGGCACAAGGUCCAGAACAUCAACAGGGAUCACAUAGAAGCAAACAUGGAGUUCCUGGGUCUCAUCAUCAUGCAGAACAAGCUGAAGCCAGAAACUCCAGGGGUGCUGCAGGACCUUCAUCAAGCCAACAUUCGCACAGUCAUGGUUACUGGUGACAACAUGCUGACGGCCAUCUCUGUGGCCCGCGACUGCGGAAUGAUCCCUCCCCAGGACACAGUCAUAAUUGCCGAUGCCCUCCCUCCACACGAUGGACAAGCCGCCAAGAUCACCUGGAGAUACGCUGACAAACCUCGCAGUGCAUCCCGACUUCAGGAAGUGAACAUAAGCCUGGAGGAUGUCUGUCACAUAGAUGAUCCCAAAAGCCAAGAGCUCUACCACUUUGCUAUGAACGGAAAAUCAUUUGCUGUAAUCGAUGAACAUUUCCCAGAUAUGCUUCAAAAGCUCGUGUUGCGCGGCACAGUGUUUGCCAGAAUGGCACCUGACCAGAAAACCCAGCUGAUUGAGACGCUGCAGGGUGUCGACUACUUUGUUGGAAUGUGUGGCGAUGGCGCGAAUGACUGUGGGGCUUUGAAGAGGGCUCAUAGUGGGAUCUCUCUGUCGGAGCUCGAAGCCUCAGUAGCAUCUCCCUUCACCUCAAGGACCCCCAACAUCUCCUGUGUCCCUAACCUCAUCAGGGAGGGCCGUGCUGCUCUUAUCACCUCCUUCUGUGUGUUUAAGUUUAUGGCCCUCUACAGCAUCAUCCAGUACAUCAGCGUCACUCUCCUCUACUCUAUUUUAAGUAACCUUGGCGAUUUCCAGUUCCUCUUCAUCGACAUUGCUAUCAUCCUCCUCAUUGUCUUUACCAUGAGUCUGAACCCAGCGUGGAAAGAGCUGGUGUCCCGUCGUCCUCCAUCAGGUCUGAUCUCAGGGCCUCUGCUGUUCUCUGUGCUGACCCAGAUCCUCAUCUGCUUGGGUUUCCAGAUCUGGACAUUCCUUUGGGUCAAACAGCAGCCCUGGUACAAAGUUUGGACGCCACUUACCGAUGUCUGCAACCUCACAUCACACAUUGAAAUGGACUUUGAAAAUGAGACGGAAGAGGACGAGCACAACAUCCAAAACUAUGAGAACACCAGCCUCUUCUACGUCUCUUCCUUCCAGUAUCUCAUUGUUGCUAUUGUUUUCUCCAAAGGCAAACCUUUCAGGCAGCCGAGCUAUAAGAAUUGGCCUUUUGUGCUGUCCGCUGGGAGUUUAUAUGUUUUCCUGCUGUUCAUCUUGUUCUACCGAGUAGACGUCAUUAAUGGGUUUAUGGAGAUUGUUUGCAUCCCGUUUGAAUGGAGGCUAAAACUUUUCCUCAUCAUCUUAGUCAAUGCUGCUGUGUCUGUUUUGGUGGAGACCAUCAUCCUUGACAUCGUCUUACGGAAGCUUGUGUUCAGCCGAGACAAACAGGGCAACUUUGGCGUCACUCCUGCCGCCCCGGCACCACAGGGAGCCAAUGAUCUGUAUGGACACAAGUGUCUGUCCUGCCAAUGUUGCCCCCGCAAGAUGAGACCCAAAGCUCGCUACAUGCACCUUGCCCAGGAGCUCAGUGUGGACCCUGACUGGCCUCCGAAGCCCACCACUACCACUGAAGCCAAGCCACGCCCAGAAAAUGGCUCUGCCUAUCAAAUCAUAAUCAACUCCUAGCACCCCACAGCCUGUACUAGCUUAUUCAGCUUCUACCUUUCAUACAGGAAACAUGCAUAUGAGGUGUGUUCAGUAAAUUUCAAUGGAACUGUCAUGGGAUAACUGCUUCCCUUCACUGUUCGUGCUCCAAUGCUGUAUAGUUUCAGAUACUGUAUUAUUGCGCAAAAAAAAUCUAUGACACACAUCUACCAAAUGAAUUUACAUUGAACUUCGCUCAGUACUCUUGCUCUCUUUGGUUCACCCCCACACACGCUCUCAGGUCGCUUUUUAUUUAUCGUUAAAGGUGCAAUAUGUUGAACACCUUACUCUCGAAAAGGUCAGUGUUGUUUUGCAGAGUCAUGCAGCAGCUCCUCUGGAAGUAGUGCUGCUUUUUACUUUGCUUUUACUUUGCAAAGAAGGAUAAGUGCAGCAAACAGCACAAGGCUUAAACUGACCAUAGCAGGUUGGGCUCCACUGUUUUACUCCUUAUAAAAGAAAAAGCAAUCUCUGGGAAGAGCUCUUCCUUCCUUCAUGUUAGACUGACGCAGGCUUUAUGCAACAGUGACUCAGUGUCUCACCUUGAGAUACAGUGCGGUAUUACACUUCAGUACGGGCUGGCGCUACCUCGUUAUCAUCCUUACUUCAGUAGCUGUCAUACAAUCUUCUGAUAAUUUGUAAAUUUUUAAGCAGUUUUAAGCUACCAGUCUUGUAUGUUUCACCUUUAAAUGUCACAAAUUGAAAUCCUCCUUUAUUACAGUGUCUUUACUGAAACUAAGCAGCAUUCAACUCAGUCUAGAAGGAACAUUGAAAAGCCAUCAAAAUGGUGCAUUGGCCCCUUCAAAUGAACGUUUAACACAGGUUCAGCAUAACCUCGCUUUGUGUGUGUGCAAGGGGGUGGAAAAGAGAGGCCGGGGCCCACUACACUCCAGAGCUAGCCUCUCACAUACGUGUUCUGUCAGAAAUCUCAGUUAAGGUGUUUAAUCCUAAUUAAGUUAUUCCUUUUAUAUGAUAGUCAUAAAUAACAAGGUCUGCAGAUUACAAUAUUCACCACAAUACUAGAGUUUUGAUUAAGAGUGGAAUGGGAUGUGUAGAUGUUUCAGAGAAUGGAGAAGUACGGCGUUGGAUAGGAUGUGUUUCUCAACAGACAUUUGCACAUAUCUUAGCUGAUGUGAAUAUUGCAAGCUCUAAUUGCUACUGUGUAGUGCUCUUUUGCAGCUAAUGUAGAUACAUAGAAUUUCAGUCAGCUGUGGGGAGGUUUGCAAUUGUAUACUGGCUGCAUUUAGUGCUUUGUGCAGUUACACACCCAUAAGGGGAAGUACCUUUAUAUUCCUGCUUUGAAGUAAAGACACACUCAUAUCUAAUUGGCUAUCGGAGAUCAUGUUAAACAUCUGAAGAAUACAGAAUUAUUUUUUAAAUCUACCAUCAGAUAAAUUUGUUCCAUGAUUUGUUGACCUGCUAUAAUUAGAUGUGACCUGUUUCAAAAUCAGUCUGUUCUCGGGAACUUCUCAUUUCCAUGGUUAGGAAGGUUAGGGAGAGUGUUUUUUUACAAAUUGAUUGAAAUUAAGUGUAAUUUAUGCCAAGUUUCAGUCAGCUUUCAGUCAGGCCAUUAUGGCUUGAUAAAUAAUAGGGGGGAAACCUUGAUGCUGCAGAAGGAUAUGAUUAUGUUUAAAAAAACAAACAAAAAACAGUGAAUAUUUGAUGUACUUCCAUUAUGGGUUUUUUUUGUUUGUUUGUUUUGUCCAAACAUGCUGCCUCUAAAACAAAUGACUGAAUUCUCAUCUAUCUUAACAGUACUGGCAUUAAUGUUAAUAUAUCAUACUAAUAGAAUUUACAUAGAAUAUUGCAUCUUUAUAAUAAUUGUCAGGAUCAUAUGCUGUUAACGCUGACUGGGAACAGCAAUGCCUCUGUUUGGCACCUCCCUAUCCAUCUAUACCAGCGGUCCCCAACCUUUUUCGCACCACGGACCGGUAUGCCCGACAAUAUUUUCACGGACCGGCCGUUAAGGUGUCGCGGAUAAAUACAACAAAAUAAAACUAGUACUGGUA